AUGGCUACUACGUUUCAAACAGUCUUCUCACAAUUCAAAGAAAACCCGGUCAACUGGGCUUUGGCAGCAGUGCUAGCAUAUGUCAUUCGAUCGUACGCGCAAUCAAGCAAACCCAGCGUCAUUGCUGCCAAACAUCCCGACGUUAUUGUUUUCAAAAACUACACACCCAAGAGCCUGUUGCCUUUCGAUGGUACUGGUGACGACGGCCGUGUAUUAAUGGGUGUUAAUGGCAGUGUCUAUGACGUUACUCGCGGCCGCAACUUUUAUGGACCUGGUGGACCAUAUGCCAACUUUGCUGGACACGAUGCGUCGCGAGGAUUGGCCAAGAACUCGUUUGAUGCGGAGAUGAUCACAGACCCUUCUUUGCCUAUCGACAAGCUUGAGGACUUGGCACCAGAUGAGUGGGAAUCUUUGCGCGAGUGGGAACAGCAUUUCGCAGCAAAGUACUUGUUGGUUGGCAAGCUCGUCGAAAACGAAUAA